UCAACACAUGGAAACAGAAGCUGAUGGAGAGGACUGUGGAGGACCAGAACCAGCCAGGAACUCACAUCCACUUUUACAACCAGAGACUGAAGACCAGAUUGGAGACUCUUCUGAACCUGAGACUGAUGACAGUGCUGAUUGGAAGGAGACCAGAGAACCUCAGUCAGCUUUAAACUCUCUGAAACAUGAUUCAAGAUGUAAGAAAACAUUGAGCUGCUCUGAGUGUGGGAGAAUAUUUGGCCACAAGGGAAGUCUGAAUAGACACAUGAUAACUCAUACAGGACAGAAACUUUUCAUCUGCUCAGUCUGUAAGAAAGGUUUUACGCAGAGUGGAAGUUUAAAAAAACACAUUAGAAUCCACACAGGAGAGAAGCCUUUCAGCUGCUCUGCAUGUGGUAAAGCUUUCGCUGAAAACGGACAACUGAAGACACACAUGAGAACUCAUACAGGAGAAUACCAAUUUAACUGCAGUGUGAAUGGUUUAAGAUGUAAUGCUGAUGAUAAAACAUUUAGCUGCUCUGAGUGUGGUAAAAGAUUUGGAACCAAGGGAAGUCUGAAGAAUCACAUGAUAAAUCACACAGGAGAAAAACCUUUCAGCUGCUCAGUCUGUAAGAAAUGUUUUACACGGAUUGGAAAUUUACAGACACACAUGAGAAUCCACACAGGAGAGAAACCAUUUAGCUGCAGUGUUUGUCACAAAACAUUUGCCUGGCAUUCGCCGUUCAAAACACACAAAUGUCGUCAGUCGUCACAGCUUCAUCAAGAUCAAAGUGAGGGGAACCGAGAGGCAGAGCCUCAGUCAGGGUUAAACUUUUCAAGAAAUCAGUCAAGAUGUAGUGCAGAUGUGAACCAAUUGAGUUGCUCUGAUUGUGAAAAACGAUUUGGAACAAAGGGAAGCCUGAAGAGACACAUGAGAACUCAUACAGGAGAGAAACCUUUCAUCUGCUCAGUCUGCAAGAAAGGUUUUGCACGGACUGGACAUUUACAGACACACAUGAGAAUCCACACGGGGGAAAAACCUUUUAGCUGCUCAGUGUGUGGUAAAGCUUUCACUGAAAGUGGACAACUGAAAAGACACAUGAGAACUCACACAGGGGUUAAGCAAUAAAGCUGCAGUGGUUGUGAC